UACAAAAAAAGGCGUGCAGACUGCCUUAGCAUAAAGUUCUUCAAUAACCGUAGCUCAUUUCAGCUUCUAGACGUUUAGCUGAGACGAAAAGUUAAAAUCAAUUGUACAUUUAAUACAUUUUAAGCUUCCAUCGUAACUAAAUGACACUAAAGGAAGAAUAAACACACGUACUUCGAUUAUUCGGUAGAGCACUGCAAAAAAUACCCGGUAAUCACUGCUUAUGCAAAAAUCGAAUACUAAGUCAAGUUGUUUACUCAUCUCUAAACUUAUGGAAUUGCCAUUAAUUAAAUCUGAAAAAAUUAUCUUCCAGUAGAUAACAGUUUAUUUUAUAAACAGAAAAACAUACGAGAGAUUUGUGUAUGAAGCUCGCACGUGGUUUGAGUAGAAUAUUGAAUCUUGUCGAGAAAAUGUCUUUAAAUGAAGCUAAACGAAUUGCUGCUCAUCGGGCUGUGAAUGAGUGGGUUAAAACCGGCACAGCAGUUGGUAUAGGAAGCGGGUCAACAGUUGUGUUUGCUGUGGAAAGACUUGCAGAAAGGAUGAAGUCGGAGAAUCUUAAUGUUGCGUGUGUACCAACCAGUUUUCAGGCACGCCAACUUAUAAUAGAACACGGAUUACAAUUAAGUGACUUGGAUCGUAACCCGCAAUUAGAUGUAGCCAUUGAUGGGGCCGAUGAGGUAGAUAAUGGUAUGGUUCUAAUAAAGGGUGGUGGAGGAUGUUUAUUACAAGAGAAAAUCGUUGCCUCCUGUGCUGAAAACCUAAUAAUAAUUGCAGAUUACACAAAAAACUCCAAAAAGCUAGGCGAUCAGUACAAGAAAGGGAUUCCCAUUGAAGUAACUCCGAUGGCUUACGUACCAAUUAAGCAGCAUAUACAGAAAUGUUUUGGCGGUAGCCUUAAAUUACGAAUGGCUGUAGCUAAAGCGGGUCCCUGUGUAACCGACAAUGGUAACUUCAUAUUGGAUUGGGAAUUUGCCAGUGAGAAGGCUUACAAUUGGCCAGAUGUUAAUCGUGAUUUACUUAUGAUAGCCGGAGUGGUAGAGACUGGACUGUUCGUCAAUAUGGCCACCAAAGCAUAUUUUGGUAUGUCGGAUGGGCAAGUUAGAACACAGGAGCGUAAUGCUUCUAUCUAAAAAGAAAUCGUUAUCUGCAUUUUUAUCUACAGUUCUACAUAUAAUGCUAAUUUAACUAGUAAACUGCUAAAAGAACUAAGUUUCAUAAAAGUAAUAAAUGUUUUUUGUAAAAUUUUAGUUUUAA